UCUCUCUCUCUCUCUCUCUCUCUCUCUCUCUCUCUCUCUCUCUAUCGCCGAGCGACUGCUCGAGCAACUCGCGCCCCCACGAGACUCUCGACUCUUUAAACUGGGUGAACACUAUCAGCGCGUAUCAGCGACCAGUACGGCUCCAUCCCUUCGGCAGAGACAACGUUGCUGAGUAGCCCUUGUAUCUGUACUCUCGUCUCAAACGGAAAUGCUCCUUAACAAGUAUCAUCGUACGUUGAGUGGGCGGACUUCGCUCCGACAGCUGCUAAACGGCGUUACUACGUGGAAGAGAUGCUUAACCGGUUCGGUGCCGAGGGAACCUGAAGGGCCAGUACUUACAACCGAAAUACCGGGCCCUCGAUCGCGCAGCUUGCUACAAGAAUUAAGUUCGAUACAACAAGCGUCUUCCGUACAAUUCUUCGCAGACUAUGAAAAAUCCGCCGGUAAUUACAUAAUUGACGUUGACGGGAAUGUCUUGCUGGACGUUUAUAUGCAAAUCUCAUCAAUGCCUCUAGGGUAUAAUCAUCCGGCGAUGCUGGAGGUUCUCGCUGAUCCCGUUAAUCAAAAAAUUAUAGCGAAUAGACCUGCUUUAGGUGUCUUUCCGGGAAAAGACUGGCCUAAUAGAUUAAGAGAUGUUCUACUUCAGAAAGAGUUAGCACCACCGGGAUUAUCACACAUUACGACAAUGAUGUGCGGUUCUUGUUCUAAUGAGAAUGCUUUUAAAAACAUUUUUAUCUGGUACGCCGAGAAACAAAGGCAAGGCAAACCGUUCACGAAGGAAGAGAUAGAAUCGUGUAUGAUGAACCAAAUCCCUGGCUCACCGCGAUACUCUAUCAUGUCCUUUAAAGGUAGCUUUCAUGGAAGAACCUUAGGUUGUCUCUCAACGACUCACAGCAAGUACAUUCACAAGAUGGAUAUACCAGCUUUCGACUGGCCUGUCGCCUCCUUUCCAGAGUACAAAUAUCCUUUAGAAGAAAACGUGCGAGAAAACAAACAGGAAGAUCAGCGUUGCCUCGCAGAGAUCGAGGAAUUAUUUGAGAAGUACAAAAACGAAAAGAAAGUACCAGUGGCUGGCGUGAUAAUUGAACCUAUUCAAGCAGAAGGCGGCGACAAUCAUGCAUCCCCAGAAUUCUUUCAGGAACUUCAACGCGUGACACGAAAGUACGGAGCCGCGUUACUUAUCGACGAAGUGCAAACCGGUGGCGGACCAACGGGAAAAAUGUGGUGCCACGAGCACUUUAAUUUAGAUACUCCACCCGACGUAAUGACUUUCAGCAAGAAAAUGCAAUUAGGAGGUUAUUAUCAUACGGAGGAUUUGAAACCGAAACUGUCAUAUCGUGUGUUCAAUACUUGGAUGGGCGAUCCCAGCAAAGUGAUCCUGCUCGAGACGAUUAUAAAGACGAUUAAAAAGGAGAAUCUUUUGGAUAGAGUUAUGCGCGUGGGCAAUUAUCUGUUAAAACAUUUGAUGGAUAUGCAAAAGGAACAUUCCAAUGUAAUCAAUGCAGUGCGCGGACGUGGGACUUUCAUAGCGUUUAAUUGCCCCUCGCCUGAAGCGCGAGAUAGCAUCAUCAAGAAACUUGCAAUGAAAGGUAUUCAGACAGGUGGAUGCGGCAGCCAGGCCGUGCGGUUGAGGCCUGCGUUGACCUUCACAGAGCAUCAUGCCGAUAUAUUUCUGGAUGCGCUUCGCUCUGUUUUAAAAAAAUAAAAAUCAUCUUGAACAAUAUCUUAUAUCUCCCAAAUCAGAUGUCUUCCAUAUUGAAGUAUUCGUGAAGAUAUAUCACGUGUGAUUUAUGAAGUCUAUAAAUAAUCAUUAUUUUUCUAUGGCAGUUAUAUUAUGAGGAUACGUUACGAAGAGUUUAUGAUAAGUGGUGAAUUAAUGACAAUGCAGUAUGAUAAACUAAAUGAUGUAAUAUACAAUACUUGAUUGUCUCGUAAGCUGUAAGUAUAUGAAUGAUUCGAUAUGGACUAGAAAAUAUU